AUGGUCACCCGCUCCAUGAACAAUAUUUAUAAACCCAAAAGGCUCUACCUUGCAACCAAGCAUCCAAUUCCAUCUACUUUGGAACCAACUGGUGUCUAUCAAGUCCUCAAGGAUCCUCAUUGGUGCCAAGCCAUGAGUGAGGAGUUCACUGCUCUUGUCAAACAUGGUACCUGGAAGUGGGUUCCUGGCAACUCACGACAGAACUUAGUUGGCUCAAAAUGGGUUUUUCACAUCAAACGUAAACCAGAUGGCUCUAUUGAUCGUUAUAAAGUGUGUCUUGUUGCAAAGGGAUUUCAUUAG